ACACACAGCUCACCCACGCCCGUAAGUAAGGAGGGGCCCUUCUGGGGGGUCUCUGAUGUGGGGUGGAUGUGGGGCUGCUCCCUGGUCCCGUUCUGUAUGGGGCAUCCAACAGUGGGGGUCGACCCACCUGUGGGGCGCAGCGGUGGCAGUGGGGUCUCAUGUCCUCCCCAUGGCCCCUUUGGGAUCACCCUGGGACUUAGGGGUGGGAGGGACACGUGUCACCAUGCGGACCCCAACCCCAACCCUAAACCCAACCCCACACCACGCAGAGGGCAUUCACGCACCCAUAGGCUCAGCCCCACACUCAGCCCAUCCCCAUCGCCUCGGGAUCCGCCAGUGGGGUUUUUCCUGUUGUGCAUCCCAGGAGCGCCGGGAGCCGGAGGACCCCUCGGCCCACAUCUACCUCAACCUGCAGGAGCUGCAGCGGGAGGUCGCAGCGCGCAGCGCAGCCCCGCAGCCCCACAGCCCGCCCCACAGCCCGCCCCACAGCGCCCACUGGGAGACCCACCGCGACACGGAGUCGGGACAUUUGUUCUAUUACAAUCCCAGCACCGGGGAGACGACGUGGGACUGCCCCUUCCAGAGGGGGGAGGACGCAGUGAGUCCCGGCGCGUCCCCCCCGGCCUGGGGGCACCGCGACGACAGCACGGCGCUGCCCUAUGGGUCGGUGACGGGUGAGGGGCUGUGGGACCCCCACUGCGUGGGAGACGGCCCCCGGGAUGAGGAGACGGGGAUGAUGCCCUACAGCCCCAUGGAGCGCAGGCCGCCCACCCCCGAGGCAGAUUACCCCGAGCUGUCCCCGGAUGAGCUGGAGGUGUACCCCGAGGAGGACUGCUCACCCCCGGGCUCCUACCAGUGGGGGGCAGCGCCCUACGCACCCCCCCGGCGGCACCAGGAGCUCACGGUGUCCCCACGGUGGUACGGACCCCCCGGCGACCACGAGCAGUUCGGCACUGAGACGGUCCUGGCAGGUGGGCUCCACCAGCGGGCCAGCAGCAGCUCCAGCCAGGACAGCGGGUUGUUCCCAUGGCCCGGUGGCACCCCGGUAUCACCAGGGCUCCGCGAGGAGAAGCUCAAAAGCCUCGACAAGGCUGGAGUGCUCAACAGGACCAAAACGAUGGACAGAGGGAAGCGGAUACGGAAAAACUGGAGCUCAUCCUGGACGGUGCUGGAGGGCGGAAUCCUGACCUUCUUCAAGGACUCCAAGCACUCAUCUGCGGGUGCUUUGCGGCACCCCACCACCCUGACCACCCCGGAGCACACGGUGGAGCUGCGCGGGGCCGCCAUCGCCUGGGCCAGCAAGGAGAAAUCCAGCAAGAAGAACGUGCUGGAGCUGAGGACGCGGGAGGGCUCCGAGUUCCUCAUCCAGCACGACUCGGAGCAGAUCGUGUCCACGUGGCAGCGGGCCAUCGCCGACAGCAUCGCGCAGAUGGGCUCCGAUGUCCCCACCGAGGAGGACGCCGAGAGCGGGACGGAGUUCGGCUCGCGGGAGAAGUUGGGCGCGCCCAACGCGGCCGACGGCGACUCCAGCAAAGUGCGCAACAAACUCCGCAAGUUCCUCCAGCGGCGGCCGACGCUGCAGUCGCUGCGCGAGCGCGGAUACAUCAAAGAUCAGGUUUUUGGGUGCUCACUGCAAGCGCUGUGCGAGAGGGAGCACGGCACCGUGCCGCACUUCGUCCAGCAGUGCAUCCACAGCGUGGAGAGGAGAGGGUUGGACAUAGAUGGGCUCUACCGCGUCAGCGGCAACCUGGCCACCAUCCAGAAGCUGCGCUACAAAGUGGACCACGAGGAGCACCUGGACCUGGACGACGGGCGCUGGGAGGACGUCCACGUCAUCACCGGUGCCCUAAAGCUGUUCUUCCGAGAACUGCCGGAGCCGCUCGUCCCCUUCGGACACUUUGACAAAUUCAUUGCUGCCAUCAAGAUGCAGGACCCACUGCGGAAGGGGCGCUGUAUCCGUGACCUCGUGCGCUCACUGCCGCCCGCCAACCACGACACCAUGAAGGUCCUCUUCAGGCACCUCUGCAGGGUGAUUGAGUUCAAGGAGGAGAACCGUAUGUCGGUGCAGAGCAUCGCCAUCGUCUUCGGCCCCACACUGCUGCGGGCACCGAGCGAGGAGGGCAGCAUGGCCGUGCACAUGGUGUUCCAGAACCAGGUGGUGGAGCUCAUCCUCAACCAGUAUGGACACAUCUUCCCCGACGGGUAGCGUGUGACGUGGGGACACCACGGGGACACCGUGAGGACGCCAUGGGGACACCGUGAGGACGCCAUGGGGACGCUGCGGGGACAUCGUGGGAACACCGUGGGGACACCAUGGGAACAUCGCAGGGACAUCAUGGGGUCACCAUGAGGACAUCAUGAGGACAUCAUGGGGACACCAUGAGGACACCAUGAGGACACCAUGGGGACACCAUGGGGACACCAUGGGGACACCAUAAGGACACCAUGGGGACACCAUAGGAACAUCGCGGGGGCAUUAUGGGGUCACCAUGAAGGCACCAUGAGGACACCAUGGGGACCAUGAGGACACCAUGGGGACACCAUAAGGACACCAUGGGGACACCAUAGGAACAUCGCGGGGGCAUUAUGGGGUCACCAUGAAGGCACCAUGAGGACACCAUGGGGACCAUGAGGACACCAUGGGGACACCAUAAGGACACCAUGGGGACACCAUGGGGACAUCGCAGAGGCAUCAUGGGGUCACUAUGAGGACACCAUGAGGACACCAUGAGGACACCAUGGGGACACCAAGGGAACAUCGCGGGGACAUCAUGGGGUCACCAUGAAGACACCAUAAGGACACCAUGGGAACAUCGCGGGGACAUCAUGGGGUCACCAUGAAGACACCAUGGGGACACCAUGGGAACAUCGCGGGGACAUCAUGGGGUCACCAUGAAGACACCAUGAGGACAUCAUGAGGACAUCACAGAGACACCAUGGGGACAUCGUGGGGACGCCCUGGGGGCACCGUGGGGACACCACAGGGAAACUGUGGAGACACCAUGGGGACACCACAGGGACACCAUGGGGACACCAUGGAGAUGCCAUAAGGACUCAGGGACAUCAGACUGUGGGUGACAGCACCUGAAGGUGGCACGAGGGAUGGGGACGCCGCUGGGGACGGUGACACGGACCCUCUGGGGAUGGGACACCCGGGAUGGGGUGCGGAGAUACGCGGCCGGGAGCGGAGCUCCUCAAUAAAGAGAUUGUAAGGA